GUCUAUAUCUAAAUUAAAUGAAAGGAAAUUAACCUAUUUGACUAAAUCAUUUUUUCCAAAAUUAAAUCAUAGUUUCCCUAACUGGGACAAAGAGUAAAUUUAAAGUAUUCUGAACCAAAGUACGAGUUAAAAUAUGUUUACUGCUUCACCGCUAGACAAAAUAACGUCUGUUGCGUAAAACGUCAUGACGUCACAUGUUGCAAGAAAUAUGAUUGGACGGCGCAUCAAUUGAUUGUGACGUAACAAACAGAACGUAGUUACAGCAAUUGAAAUAUCGCACACUUACAGUGCUGACGAAUAAAUAUAUAUGUUGUUAGAAGUUAAUAAGAGACAAUAUACCUGCAAAUGGAAGGACACCUGGCAAUUGAUAACCGGCGUGUAGCGAAAAGCAUAUUUAAAGAUAUUCUUAUUAGUCCAAACAAUGAUGACAUCAUCAUUCCAAUCAGUGCGACGUUCGACAAAGCCGUAUUACACAUUGGUAUAGGAAACGGAUCAUGUGGUAUAUUUAUAGAAAAGUUUCGUAUGAAGAAUGGCAAGGAGAUGGAAACUUCAGUAAAACAUGCCACCCGAAAGUUCACAAAUGCUCGUAAUCAAAGGAAAAACAAAGGUAAAGACAAGAAAGCAAGUAAAAAUGAGGAUAUUAAGACGGUUGUAGAUGACAGUGGUAAGAAGUUUACGAGAGAUUUUCCAAGUAUGGAAGAGAUUGAAAGACAGCUGGCUAAGCUAAUUGAACACCUUGUGAUUAAGGCACCUAAGAAAAUCAAAAAUACUAAAGAUACAAUAUCAGACACUAAACCUCUGAAAGAAAGCAAAUCUGUAAAUAUCGAAUGCGACAUUGCUGCCACUGAUGAAAGUAUCCAAUCUACGAUAGGGACAGUUUUCACAUCUAACAUCAAAAGUGACUUACGGCGAAAACCAAGGCAUGACAAAGAAAUUGCUGGAAUUACCACACACAGUUUUGAUCAUCAAAACCUGAUUGAGCCAAAUAUGAACAUUCAUUUGUAUAAACGUAAUGAAAAAAGUUUAAAAGCAACGAAUAUAACUUCAUUUGAAGCCAUUGAUAAAACAUAUGAAAAUGAAAUGAUAGGGAUUGCAAUAGAUAAAGAAGCAGGUGUCUUUAAACCAAAUUGCAUUCGGCCAAUAGGAUUUCCACUUGCAGAUGAUAGGCAUGCAUAUCUGGAUGAAGUAUUCGUACUCUCAAAACGAAUCUCUCAAAUGUUUGACGAAUAUGUAUCAGCAGCUUCAGAGAAAAGACGAAACAACGAACAACAAGAGGAUAUACCCGGAAGCGGUCCAACAGGUUUAGUCAUAGAUAUAAGUAAAGAUAACACAGUAGCAGAUAGAAAUUUAUUUGGAGACGUUCUAGGCAAGGACCAAUGUUGUCCAAUUUCAUCUGAUAUAAUUGUAGAUAGAGAGGCCGAUAACGACAGUGAUACAUUGGAUCAUAUCGACCCGUCAACGUCUGAAUCAGAUAGUUCAACAAUUAUAGAUAGAGGUGCAGUUGAUGAAAUGUCAGACAGUGACACAUUAGAUAUGGUAGGUAUAGAAUCGGAUGAAGAUAUUGUAGAAAUCGAAGCGCUAGCUCUUCAAGAACAUGACGAAUUAGACAUUUUAUCAGCAAGGAAUGACAGCGCGAAAGAAAGCAAAUCUGUAAAUAUCGAAUGCGACAUUGCUGCCACUGAUGAAAGUAUCCAAUCUACGAAAGGGACAGUUUUCACAUCUAACAUCAAAAGUGACUUACGGCGAAAACCAAGGCAUGACAAAGAAAUUGCUGAAAUUACCACACACAGUUUUGAUCAUCAAAACCUGAUUGAGCCAAAUAUGAACAUUCAUUUGUAUAAACGUAAUGAAAAAAGUUUAAAAGCAACGAUGAUAACUUCAUUUGAAGCCAUUGAUAAAGCAUAUGAAAAUGAAAUGUUAGGGAUUGCAAUGGAUAAAGAAGCAGGUGUCUAUAAACCAAAUUGCAUUCGGCCAAUAGGAUUUCCACUUGCAGAUGGUAUGCAUGCAUAUCUGAAUGAAGUAUUCGUAAUCUCAAAACGAUGCUCUCAAAUGUUUGACGAAAUUGUUUCAGCAACUAAAGAGAAGAGACGAAACGAGGAACAACUAGAGGAUAUACCCGGAAGCGGUCCAACAGGUUUAGUUAUAGAUAUAAGUAAAGAUAACACAGUAGGAGACAUAAAUUUAUUUGGAGACGUUCUAGACAAUGACCAAUGUUGUCCAAUUUCAUCUGAUACAAUUGUAGAUAGAGCAGCCGAUAACGACAGUGAUACAUUGGAUCGUAUCAACCCGUCAACGUCUGAAUCAGAUGAUUCAACAAUUAUAGAUAGAGGUGCAGUUGAUGAAAUGUUAUACAGUGACACAUUAGAUAUGGUAGAUGUAGAAUCGGAUGAAGAUAUUGUAGACAUCAAAGCAAUAGCUCUUCGAGAACAAAACGAAGUAGAUAUAUUAUCAGCAAGGAAUGACACUGCUGACAACUCUACUAACGAUAACUAUAUGGUCGACGAUGAUGAUAACCUGUUUGGUAUUAUGAACAUCUACGUAAAUACUGAUCUACACUUCACCUUUCACAACUUACCAGCAUCAGCCGAGCACUGUGACCAGAAGAAAGACUUUGGAUAUAAAUUCUUUUCAUUUUCAACUUUCUUUAAAUAGACAAUAAAUAUGAGAAAGAUAGAUCUAUUUUUUUUUUAUUCUUU